AUGUUCAUCAAUAUCACUACCCCCUCUGACACCCAGAAGGGUCCCUUGCGAAGGGCCAUUCGAUCACAGGCUGCACUAAGCAGUGCUACUUGUCGGAAGAACACCAUUGCCGCCAAAGCCAGCUCCAAUUCGAGCUCUCCCGAGGAUCAAAUACCUCCAAGGGUGCGUAGGAGAAGCAAAGCAAAGGCGAUCAAAGACAAUACCGAAGCACCUAGUAGCUCAUCGGUUUCCAUUUCUUCAAGACGCAACUCUUCCAGUCCUACUUCCCUCAGUCCGGCACAACAGGACUAUACCAUCAGUCCACAACUCAGCCAAUUGGUCAUUCAAUUCGACUCGUCUUUGACAUUUCCCUACCCUGACGCCUGGCAUGCGAAGAUCCCGCAAUUGGUCGAUACAUACUUGACAUAUUUCGCUCCAAGCCAUCAGGAUCCCAUCUACAUAUCCGACCGACCAAUCCUUCGCCAAGAGCUAUGGCCUGAUACAAUGUCACAUCGCGCCCUCUUCUUCACGAAUCUGCUUCUUGCAUCAUCUCAUCCAUCUUUCUCGCGGGAACAAACUCAGGAGAUUACCGCAUGGUUUCGUCUCGAAGCAAUGCGUAGCCUCCAGGUUGGAUUGGAUUCAUCCACAGGCUUGAACACAAGUGACCAAAUGAUUGCAACGGUGUGUUUGCUCUGCGCUUGGGAGUUCCAAUUCGGUGAUGAGGUCUCGGCAAUGGCACACAUGACAGGUUUGAAGACGAUGAUAAACCUGCGCGGAGGGUUCCACGAUGCCACACUGCCGCCAAUUAUUCGUCGCCUUGUCUCCUUUGUCACCUACGACCAGCGAUGGUACUCUGGCAUGGAGCCUGUGUAUGUACCGCAAGGAUUGGACCGACCCUUCACGAGUGACCUGAGCAGCCUUGAUCUGCCAACCGGCUUUGCAUCCAUUGCACGAUCCUAUCGGAUUUGUCCAAUUGCGCCUUCGACAUUGGGACUCAUCUCGGAAAUCAACCUUAUCAUGAAGAGACCUCGACACCGUAAAUUUGCUUUGCUUGACGUUCAGACACGCUUGACCGACCACAACUUUUUGGAAAAUCUGACGAGCAACUUCUCGCCAAUUCAGACUUCCAUGGAUGACACUAUCUCCGUUCAGGCCGAAAUGCAUAUCAAGCUUGCGCUGUUGUCGCUUGUCUCUCACUUGCAGGGUAGCGGUUCUGAACAGUUUUGGGAGAUGAGCGAGUCCCUGUUUCCGGAAGUUCUGAUCAACACCGUCUACGCUGAGAUUGGACUAUGGGCUCUCUUUUUGAUAUGCGGCACUAUGCAGAUCCCAUCUCCCAGACUCCUGGACGGACUCGAAAAGCUGGUCUCGAGUCUAUUGCAUAUCGAUUGGUCGCUGAUCGACCUCACUUUACGUCAAUAUUUAUAUCCCUCGGACAGCCUUGACGUGGCUUCGCGAGCAUUGUGGGACCAAAUGAUGCCAAACAGAGCAACUAUAUUCGAGCAGAACAAUCUUUCCAGAUUUCAUGUUGCCGCAAAUUUACGCAAUGAAGUGCCAAUCGUCUGA